GCCCUGGGCAAAAAUAUACCCUUUAAUGUUUUUACUGUGUAAAUCAGUUCUAUUAGACACUGUCACUUUAAGAAUCAGUAAGUUAGUUAGACUGCAACUUGUUCCUAAUGUUUUGGAGAGCAGUCAGAGUUAACUAUUGGAUAAAUACUGUGUCUGUCAAGAUUCCUCUGUUCUGAUUGGUGGGGGAGGGACUUGAGGGAGCAGGAGGGUAGUGUGCGGGAGAGAGAUGCGAGAGAGCGCGGGAGACGAGGGAGAGGAGAGGGAACUAGUAGGAGAAGUACACGAAAGUGGAGCAAAAAGUUAUAUUUUGAGUGUAACAACCCUUUAUUUCAGUAAUAAGGGUGAGACCAAGAUAUAUUAUCUCGGUUAAGCAGUGUUACGUGAGUUAUAAUUGUGUUUUGCACCGUGUUUAAGGACUGAAGCACUGUAGUUAGCUGCUCGAGUAAGCUAACUGGCUAAUUAUGCUAGUUCAGUGUGACGGAGCUAGCUAGCGCUCAGGACUGAUUCACUCUGCGCGGUUCGGGCGGGAAGAAGACGCCAUAGCCAAGGUCAGAUAGACCCCCUGUGACCAGGUAAAGCAGUGUGGGUCCUCUGACGAAGAUUUCUGCCUCCACCGUGCCUCUGAUCCGCCUGGUUCUCCGUUCCUGUUCUUCUAAAGACUCCGAACUGUAAGCUAAACAUCUCCCAAGUUGCUGAAGGGGCUAGCCGAGUAGCCACGCCGCACCCAAGCAUCAUACAGGCCUGCAACAUUUGUUAUUUUGGAGUGUGUGUGUGUGUGUGUGUGUGUGUGGGGCGCCCCUCACUAGAUAAGUUUAAUUCUCUAUUUUGUGUAUAAUUCUGAGUUAAGUCAGCAGAAAGUGUUGAUUCUCUGAGUGAAAUUGAUAAAGUUAAGUCUUAGCCUAAUUUCAUUACAGUGUACUUUCAAGAAAGCUACAUUCCAGUUUUAAGGGGUGUUUAUGAGCUGAAAUAAGCUGCAAUAUUUCGUACAGUGAGAAGGUCAGAGCUCUGUUUUUUAUUUAAUUUGUUACCACCUUAUUUCUUUACUGAAGACAAUUUUAUUUAAGGUUUAAGCACUUUAUUUUGUGUAUUUUGUGUUUGUUUUUCUAAAAUUGUGAGUUGUGGGGUUUAUUUAAAUAUAAUAUUGUAUUUUGUAUAUUUUAUAAUAAUACAUAAAUCCUAAAACAUAACAUUGAGAUAAUAAGAAAUAAUAAGAAAUAUACAUCUAUAAAGCUAAUUCAUAAAACCCUAAAAGUUGUGUCUGGUUUAAUUCAUUUAUCUUAAACUAUUCAUUAAUAAUACAAGUUGGAUAUUUUAUUUUGUGUUUAAAAUCUGAACACUAAUUCUUAACAUCGAACCCUAGCCUCACCCGCUAUAGAUAUAUAGAGAAGUAUCACCAGAUAGUGGGCACGAGUGCUACAUAAAAUGGAGGCACCGCUGGGAUGGUUAAAAUAAGUUUGUAGUAUAAGAUCUUAAAAUCCCAAAGAACUAAGUUAUUAAAAAGGAAUUACUGUAAGGUGAUAUUGUAAAAUAGUGAUAUAAAAUAGUUUAGUAAAACCAGACACACUAGUUUCAUUUAAGCUUUAAAGUUUCUUCUAAAACAGUCCAUAAACAGUAUUUGAAAUAUUUCAUUUGAGUUCUGAACCUUUAUCGCAGCUAGUCAGAUUUAAAAUAAUUUAAAAACAAUCUGAAUAUUUACAGUCUGACAAAGUUAGUCACAACCCAGAGCAUGGCACAACUUCACCAUUGGUGUAAAGGGGAAGGCAUCAACCCUGAAAAUGCCUUGUUGGUGAAAGACAUUCCUGACGACACCGAAGUCAGCUUCAUUGAAGAAACCCUCGAGUCUGUAAAAACACUUGGACGAGUCAGAGUGCGAGGCAGGAUGUAUGAUCCCCAGCUUGAGAGUUUAACAGUCCUGUGUGAAUGUCGUGAAAAAGUGAAUGUCAAGAGACUACCACUAGAUGUGCUGCCUUCAGGCACUGAUAGGCCUUGGAGAUUGGUUGGAGCCUCAGCUGAGUGCACAACUGAGCGAGACAAACCAGAUGGGAACCCUGUUUUGAACCAAGCAGAACUAACGCAGACAUGUACUCCUGAUGCCAUCAUUCGAGCAGUUGGAGAAUUGAUGGACAAGCAAGGCAGAUUCUCAGGUGAGAGCAGUGCAUAUAGGAGAUUACGUACGUUCUCUGGAGUCAUGCCUACUCCACUUGGUGAAGAGCAGCUAGACAGCUGGUUAGAGCAAGCCCGUCUUAUGGUUGACACCUGUGAAAGACCAGAUAAAGAGAAACGAAUGCGAAUUUUGGAGAGCCUGAAAGGUCCAGCAUCUGAAAUUGCGCAGGCUGUUCGAUUCAACGACUCAGAUGCAUCCUCCCGAGAGUACAUUGAUGCUAUUGAGAAUGCUUUUGGCACCCCAGAGACUGGGGAGGAGCUUUACUUUGCAUUCAGGCACCUUUGCCAGAAACCAGGGGAAAAACUUUCUGAAUUUCUAAGACGUAUUGAGAAAGCUCUGAACAAAGUUGUACAGAGAAGUGGUCUCCCAGCCUCUGCUGCUAAUGGAGCACGUCUAGAACAACUCAUUAAAGGUGCAACUGCAUCUGACCUGAUGCUUUUGAAUCUGAGACUAAGAGAAAGGAGGAACAGUCCACCUAAUUUCUUACAGCUGUUGAAUGAAAUCCGCUUAGAAGAAGGAUAUGAAGCUUCACGAAACAAGCUGAGUUCAACAAUGACAUCUGUCCAAGUGAAGAGUGCGAGGGCACAUUCAAAUGAGAUGCAAGGUCUUCAAGAUGAGAUAAGAGAAUUGAGACAACAAGUUAGUGACUACACUUCUCUGCAGCCAGUACAAACCUUAGCUGCUGAAGUGCAUUUGCCCCCUAGUUUUAAGACUGAAUCCUCAGGGGAUGACAAGAAAGUGAAUGCAUUGAAAAAAGAAGUGAAGAAGCUGCGUAAACAGGUCAAAGUAAUGGCUGUCAAGCCAGCCACUGAGAGGUCUGCUCACAAGCUGCCAUCUUCCAAUUUCAACCAGUCAAGCUCAUUGUCAACCCGAAGCCACAGUGACUUUUUCUGCUAUCGUUGUGGUGAUGAUGGACAUGUAUCAGCCAAGUGUCAAGCUCCAGAAGACCCUCAGAAGGUGAUUCAGAAAUUCAUUCAUGCACGGCAUGCCGCAAAGGAUGGAAAGAGAGAAUCAACAGUUUGUUCUGAGGAAGACUCCUCCAAGAUCCAUGUAAACCGAGGGGUUGUAAGAGGAAAGUCAAACUGUAUACCCAGAGGGUUAGUAGGACCUCCAUCUUUGGUCCAAGUGAAAGUUGCUGGAAAGCCGUGUACUGCUCUCAUCGAUAGUGGCUCACAAGUGACAAUUGUCUUUGAAAGCUGGUAUUCACAGCAUCUAGCUCACAAGCCUCUUCAUCCGUUGAGUGGUCUGUUCAUCUGGGGUCUGAGUGGCUCUGAUGAUAGUUAUCCAUACCGUGGCUACAUCCAAGUUGACUUAGAACUUCCAAAGAACAUGUCCAGCAUUAAAGGGCCCAUCACUGUUCUUGCUCUAGUGUGCCCUGAUCCUCGUUGUUCUGAUAGUGUGCCAAUUCUACUGGGCACCAAUGUUCACACAAUUCGUCCUUUCAACUCAGUCAACAAAAAGUCCAAUUCCGACCAAGUGUGCUCUAUGAGAGUAUGUGCUGUUGCUCCAUCUACAGUGCAACCCAGCCCAAGUACAAGAGCUGCUGCUUCUGCUGGGGACAGAGUGGCUGAUGUUAGAUGGCCUGGGCCUGGUCCUCUAGUUGUUCCUGCCACAAGUGACCACAUUGCAAUUUGUAAAGUCAAAGAAACUCAGUCACUGGAGAAGAGUAUCCUCAUCACAGAGCGUGCUUCAUCGUUCGCUCUGCCCACAAGUGUGUUAGUACAGCCCACAGUGUUGUUCUCAUCCACACUGGACAAGAACAAAUUCUUAGUCAUGCUGAGGAAUGAGUCUCUUAAAGAUGUUUCCAUUCCGUCUGGUACUAUCCUCGCUCACCUUCAGGCAGUAGACACUGUAACAGUAGCACAGCCAGACAAGUCAAAGGUUCGUCAACAAAUAGACCCUGUGGUAUUUGAUUUUGCCAACUCACCGAUUCCAGAAGAGUGGAAAGAGAGACUUUCUAAGAAACUAGCACAAAGAGUAAACGUCUUCUCAUUGGAGGAAUGGGAUGUUGGUCUGGCAAGAGGGGUGGAGCAUAGAAUUAGACUGCGUGAUGAUAAGCCAUUCCGGGAGAGGUCCCGCCGUAUAGCGCCUGCUGACCUAGAUGAUCUGCGUCGACACUUGCAAGGCCUGUUAGCUGCAGGAAUCAUAAAGGAGUCAAGGAGCCCUUAUGCAUCUCCCAUCGUCCUGGCAAGAAAGAAGUCUGGCCAGUUACGCAUGUGUGUGGACUACAGGACUUUGAAUCGACACACCAUUCCUGAUCAGUAUGUCGUACCACGUAUUGAUGAAGCACUGGAUUGUUUAAGUGGUAGUAAGUGGUUCUCUGUUCUGGAUUUACGUAGUGGAUACUAUCAGAUCCCUAUGGCAGAUGAAGACAAAGAGAAGACUGCUUUCAUAUGCCCACUCGGAUUCUUUCAGUUCCAGAGAAUGCCACAAGGGGUCACUGGGGCCCCAGCGACCUUUCAACGUCUCAUGGAGAGGGCAGUAGGUGACAUGCACAUGCUGGAAGUGAUAGUAUACCUCGAUGACCUGAUCGUGUUCGGGAAAAGCUUGGCAGAGCAUGAAGAACGCUUACUGAAAGUCCUUGACAGAUUGGAGGAGAGUGGGCUGAAGUUGUCCAUCGAUAAGUGUCAGUUCUGUCGUUCCCAAGUGACAUAUGUGGGACACAUUGUGUCGGAGCAGGGCAUUGCAACAGAUCCUGCUAAGAUUGAGGCAGUGGCUGCCUGGAAGCAACCCACUGAUCUUGCUUCUCUUCAGUCAUUCUUGGGGUUCUGUGGGUAUUAUCGACGUUUCAUUAAAAGCUAUUCCAUCAUCGUCCGACCUCUCACAGAGUUGACCAAGGGAUACCCACCCACACAGAAGGGCAGAAAGUCAUCCAAGACUGCAGGUGACAAAACCUACUUCAAGAUCAAAGAACCUUUUGGUGACCGGUGGGAUGAGUCAUGCACCCAAGCGUUCAACCAGAUAAUUCACUGCCUCACUCAUGCACCUGUUCUUGCUUUUGCCGACCCAGCCAAGCCCUAUGUUCUCCAUAUAGAUGCCAGUCUGCAUGGUUUAGGUGCUGUUCUUAACCAAGAGUACCCAGAGGGGCUCAGGCCAGUUGCUUUUGCAAGCAGAAAGCUCAGUUCGUCAGAGAAGAACUACCCCGUCCACCAGCUUGAAUUCCUAGCAUUAAAAUGGGCGGUGGUUGACAAGUUUCAUGAUUAUCUGUAUGGGGCAAGCUUCACCGUUAGAACUGAUAACAACCCCCUAACAUACGUUCUCACCACUGCAAAGUUAAAUGCGACUGGUCAUCGCUGGCUUGCUGCACUCUCAGCAUAUAAUUUCACAGUCCAGUACAGGCCAGGGUGUCACAAUAUUGAUGCAGACUCUCUGUCCAGAAACGUGUUCUCCAAGGAGAGUGGGGAAUGGCGAGACAUGUCCUCUGACAGCAUUAAAGCUCUCUGCAAGCAAGUGCGCUGUGCACAGGAUGGAAUUUCCCCCAACUGUGCUGUGUUUCUGGGAAUCGCUCCUGCUGCCAUCCCAGACUGCUAUGCAUUCCCAACUCAUUUGAACACUGGUUGUUUAGAGCUGCAAAGUUCAACUCACCUUAAAAACGCCCAAGACUCAGAUCCCAUAAUUGCACCGAUCAAGAAAUCCCUCAUUGAGGGGAGCUUGCAAAUGGGUGACAAGGGAGAGUCACGUGAGACUGCGUUGCUGAGAAGAGAAGGACCACGGUUGAGAAUAAUUGAUGGAUUACUCUACAGAGUUGUGAAGAGGACGCUAGGCACAGACGUGAGACAGCUCGUCUUACCCAAGGUCUACUUUCCCAUGGUGUUGAGAUCCCUCCAUGAUGAGUGUGGCCAUUUAGGUGUAGAGAAGACAGCUGAGCUGAUAAGAAACCGGUUCUAUUGGCCGAAGAUGAGCGCUGACAUCGAGCAGUAUGUCAAGAACUGUGGGCGAUGCAUUGCCCGGAAAACCUUACCUCAGAGAGCAGCUCCUCUGAAUAAGAUCCCGAGCCAAGGCCCAUUAGACCUAGUGUGCAUCGAUUUCUUAUCACUCGAGCCAGAUACUCAGGGAUUUGGCAGUAUACUUGUGGUGACUGAUAGUUUCACCCGUUACGCACAGGCCUUCCCGACAAAAGACCAAAAAGCUUCCACUGUUGCCAAAGUUCUGUUCGAGAAGUACUUUGUUCAUUAUGGUCUUCCGGCUCGGAUACACUCAGACCAAGGGCGUGAUUUCGAGUCCAAGUUGAUCCAUGAGCUUCUGAGAAUGUUGGGCAUCCAAAAAUCUCGCACUACACCUUAUCACCCUCAGGGAGACCCUCAACCAGAGAGGUUCAACAGAACAUUGCUCUCCAUGUUAGGCACUCUAGAUCCAAGACAGAAGCAAAGGUGGAGCCAGAAGAUCAGUCAGUUAGUGCAUGCUUACAACUGCACACGUAACGAUGCCACUGGCUACUCCCCUUACCUGCUCAUGUUUGGCAGAGAGGCUCGUCUCCCUGUGGAUCUUUGUUUCGGGGUUGGUCCUGAAGGGGAAGAUAACAUUUCUUACCAGAACUAUGUUGCGAGGCUGAGAUCGGAACUUCAUGAUGCGUACAAGCUGGCCACGGAUGCAGCUGUGAAGAACCAUGAACGGAACAAGAAAUUCUACGACAGAUUGGUAAAGGAACAGGUCUUGGCGAAAGGAGACCGUGUGUUACUCAGAAACUUUGGUGUCACAGGCAAGCACAAGCUACAGAACAAGUGGAGAAUCAUGCCAUAUGUCAUUGUUGGAAAGAUGGAAAAUCUGCCUGUCUACAGAGUCAAGCCAGAAAGUGGUGGUGGAGAGGUGAAAACAGUUCAUCGAAAUCAUCUGCUGCCUAUUGGAUGUCUGGUAAGAAUGCCGGUGGAUGAAGACGCACAAAGUCUGCCUAAAAGACCUGUGACAAGAAGACAGCAGAGACAAAGAGAGAGCCAGACAGCUUCUGGUGGUGAGCUUCAAGAUAGAGAGGUCGUACUAAGCGCUGAUGAAUCAGAGGAUUCUGAAAUUGUAACUUUUUAUCCUGUGGCCUUUGACAGUGAACAGAUAUUGCAUGACUUACUGCAGUGUCCUGAUCUGCGUGCUAGAGUUCAAGAAUCAAGUGCCACUGAUGGUCACAAGAUAUCUUCAGCAAACUGCACUGAAAGAGCUGUUGAGACAAGAGAUGAUACUGAUCAUACUCCUGAAGUUGUGGAUGCUGAGACAAAUCCAACUUUGGAUCCUGUUCCAGAGACUGAUCUAGCAGGAGGAGUUGAAGCUGAGAGUGUACAGGAGAGUGUCGAAGCGGACAUGCCAAGCACAAGGCCAAGUAGAGAAAAGAGACCAGUACAAAGACUUACCUAUGAUGAGCUUGGGGAACCAUCAAGUUAUCCCCUCAACACUCUGAGCAUGGGUGUGUUGGUAGGAUAUGGCACCUAUUUAGAUGCCAAGAACUGCUCAAGCCAAACUAUAUGGUGUCACCCUAUGGCAUUGUGUUCUGGUUGUGCAAAGAAAACCAAACAAAAACUAUAGCUAGCUUAUGUAAGCUUAACAGUAGCUCACCCUCAUGUUUGAUGAGGACAUCAAAAUUCUAGAAGGGGGAGAGUGUAGCCCUGGGCAAAAAUAUACCCUUUAAUGUUUUUACUGUGUAAAUCAGUUCUAUUAGACACUGUCACUUUAAGAAUCAGUAAGUUAGUUAGACUGCAACUUGUUCCUAAUGUUUUGGAGAGCAGUCAGAGUUAACUAUUGGAUAAAUACUGUGUCUGUCAAGAUUCCUCUGUUCUGAUUGGUGGGGGAGGGACUUGAGGGAGCAGGAGGGUAGUGUGCGGGAGAGAGAUGCGAGAGAGCGCGGGAGACGAGGGAGAGGAGAGGGAACUAGUAGGAGAAGUACACGAAAGUGGAGCAAAAAGUUAUAUUUUGAGUGUAACAACCCUUUAUUUCAGUAAUAAGGGUGAGACCAAGAUAUAUUAUCUCGGUUAAGCAGUGUUACGUGAGUUAUAAUUGUGUUUUGCACCGUGUUUAAGGACUGAAGCACUGUAGUUAGCUGCUCGAGUAAGCUAACUGGCUAAUUAUGCUAGUUCAGUGUGACGGAGCUAGCUAGCGCUCAGGACUGAUUCACUCUGCGCGGUUCGGGCGGGAAGAAGACGCCAUAGCCAAGGUCAGAUAGACCCCCUGUGACCAGGUAAAGCAGUGUGGGUCCUCUGACGAAGAUUUCUGCCUCCACCGUGCCUCUGAUCCGCCUGGUUCUCCGUUCCUGUUCUUCUAAAGACUCCGAACUGUAAGCUAAACAUCUCCCAAGUUGCUGAAGGGGCUAGCCGAGUAGCCACGCCGCACCCAAGCAUCAUACAGGCCUGCAACAUUUGUUAUUUUGGAGUGUGUGUGUGUGUGUGUGUGUGUGUGGGGCGCCCCUCACUAGAUAAGUUUAAUUCUCUAUUUUGUGUAUAAUUCUGAGUUAAGUCAGCAGAAAGUGUUGAUUCUCUGAGUGAAAUUGAUAAAGUUAAGUCUUAGCCUAAUUUCAUUACAGUGUACUUUCAAGAAAGCUACAUUCCAGUUUUAAGGGGUGUUUAUGAGCUGAAAUAAGCUGCAAUAUUUCGUACAGUGAGAAGGUCAGAGCUCUGUUUUUUAUUUAAUUUGUUACCACCUUAUUUCUUUACUGAAGACAAUUUUAUUUAAGGUUUAAGCACUUUAUUUUGUGUAUUUUGUGUUUGUUUUUCUAAAAUUGUGAGUUGUGGGGUUUAUUUAAAUAUAAUAUUGUAUUUUGUAUAUUUUAUAAUAAUACAUAAAUCCUAAAACAUAACAUUGAGAUAAUAAGAAAUAAUAAGAAAUAUACAUCUAUAAAGCUAAUUCAUAAAACCCUAAAAGUUGUGUCUGGUUUAAUUCAUUUAUCUUAAACUAUUCAUUAAUAAUACAAGUUGGAUAUUUUAUUUUGUGUUUAAAAUCUGAACACUAAUUCUUAACAUCGAACCCUAGCCUCACCCGCUAUAGAUAUAUAGAGAAGUAUCACCAGAUAGUGGGCACGAGUGCUACAUAUAU